GUACAACUUAAGCGCCGUCCGAAAUAGUGAUGGCAAUUUCAACCCGCCCCGCUGGUAUUACCCGACCUGACCCGCGAUGGGGUGGGUAUUACCCGACCCGCAGUAGCGUGGGGCGGGGCACGGGUAUCGACUUCCGACCUGCCCUCCCCCCCGCCCCGUUCUAGACUCAUUUUAUCUCAAUUUCUUACAAUAUCUAUACAUAUUUCUUCUAUUUUGACUUUUCAUCAACUAGUUAGAGUCGAUCUUUCAACUUGUUAGACUCAUUAUCCAUUCUAUUAUCAAUAUUUUUCAUUUUUAAAGUGUUUUCCCCUACGUUUUAUUGUAAAAAGUAAAGUUUACUUGUAUUUUUUUUGAACAACAUGUAAGAGUGGGUCGACCUGCUCCGUCCCAUACCCGCGCGGGUUUUACCCGCCCUGACCCGUAGUAGGGUGGGGCGGGGCAUGAGAAUUGAGGUACUCGCCCCGCCCUGCCCCAUUGCCAUUACUAGUCCGAAAUGAUUACAUCUUGAGAAAGAAAGAACAGAUUUAUCGGAAGAAGAACAAAGGCAGAAGAAAGGGGGAGAGUCCUCGAAGGAAUCAAACAGCGAAAUCAGUAACAAGGGAAAACUAAUAUUGGUCAAUCAGCCACUUUCUAUCAAUCUGGACUUGAUAUACCGUCAGAUUCCUCAAGCCCCCUGGCUAUCAGAAUUAAGAAAACAAAGAGAGUGGCAGAUCGUGGUAUAUAAACCUCAACCCCAGCCUAAUAUUUCCCUGGCAGAUGAAGAGGUGAAGGAGGAUGGAGAAGAGGGCAAAGUAGGGGUGUCAACAGAGGUGAAGGAGGAAGGAGAAGAGGGCGAAGCAGGGAUGUCAACAGAGGUGAAGGAGGAUGUUGAGAACCAGACUCUAAAUGGUAAUGAAGCGUCAGGUGUACGUGGAGCGGUGCAUGGGUCAAGGACUCCAGGUGAUUUUCUGAAAGAAGCAAGAGAUGCAGAAGAGAAGGAAUGGGGGAAAGUAAUGGAAACAACAUCAGUGACAUCUACUUCUGUAGCCAAUGAGUUCAUAGAAAAAAACAGAGUUUCCAGAAGAACAAAGCCAGAAAGAAUGGGGAAACAAUAAAACCUACAUCGAGGAUAAGGAAGAAGAAGAAGAAGUACAACUUAAGCAUCGACCGAAACGAUUAAAUCUCGAGAAUGAAAGAACAAAUUUAUAGGAAGAAGAACAAAGGCAGAAGGAAGGGGGAGAGUCCUUAAAGGAAUCAAACAGCGAAAUCAGUAACGAGGGAAAACUAAUAUUGGUCAAUCAGCCACUUUCUAUCAACCUAGACUUGAUAUACCGUCAGAUUCCUCAAGCCCCCUGGCUAUCAGAAUUAAGAAAACAAAGAGAGUGGCAGAUCGUGGUAUAUAAACCUCAACCCCAACCUAUUCUUUCCUUGGCAGAUGAAAAGGUGAAGGAGGAUGGAGAAGAGGGCGAAGCAGGGGUAUCAACAGAGGUGAAGGAGGAGGUAGAAUGGGCGAAGCAGGGGUGUCAACAGAGGUGAGGAAGAAUAUUGAGAACCAGACUCUAAAUGGUAAUGAAGCGUCAGGUGUAUGUGGAACGGUGCGUGGGUCAAUGACUCUAGGUGAUUUUCUGAAAGAAGCAAAAGAUGCAGAAGAGAAGGAAUGGGGGAAAGUAAUGGAAACAAUAUCAGUGACAUCUACUUCUACAGCUAAUGAGUCUACCGACACGUCAGGUGUACGUGGAGCGGUGCAUUGUUCAAGGACUCUAGGUGAUUUUCUGAAAGAAGCAAGAGAUGCAGAAGAUAAGGAAUGUGGGAAAGUAAUGGAAACAACAUCAGCGACAUCUACUUCUGCAGCCAAUGAGUUCACAGAAAUAACAGAGUUUCCAGAAAAACAAAGAUAGAAGGAAUGGGGAAACAAUAAAGCCUACGUCGAGGACGAAGAAGAAGAAGAAGAAGUUGAAGUACAACUUAAGCGUCGUCCGAAACGAUUACAUCUCGAGAAAGAAAGAACAGAUUUAUCGAAAGAAGAACAAAGGCAGAAGUAAGGGGGAGAGUCCUCAAAGGAAUCAAACAGCGAAAUCAGUAGCGAGGGAAAACUAAUAUUGGUCAAUCAGCUACUUUCUAUCAACCUGGACUUGAUAUACCGACAGAUUCCUCAAACCCCCUGGCUAUCAGAAUUAAGAAAACAAAUAGAGUGGCAGAUCGUGGUAUAUAAACCUCAACUCCAGCCUAUUCUUUCCCUGGCAGAUGAAGAGGUGAAGGAGGAUGGAGAAGAGGGCGAAGCAGGGGUGUCAACAGAGGUGAAGGAGGAGGGUGAAGAGGGCGAAGGAGGGGUGUCAACAGAGGUGAAGGAGGAUGUUGAGAACCAGACUCUAAAUGGUAAUGAAGCGUCGGGUGUACGUGGAGCGGUGCAUGGAUCAAGGACUCUAGGUGAUUUUCUGAAAGAAGCAAAAGAUGCAGAAGAGAAGGAAUGAGGGGAAAGUCAUGGAAACAACAUCGGUGAUAUCUACUUCUGCAGCUAAUGAGUCUACCGACACGUCAGGUGUACGUGGAGCGGUGCAUGGUUCAAGGACUAUAGGUGAUUUUCUUAAAGAAGCAAGAGAUGCAAAGGAGAAGGAAUGUGGUAAAGUAAUGGAAACAACAUCAGCGACAUCUACUUCUGCAGCCAAUGAGUUCACAGAAAUAACAGAGUUUCCAGAAAAACAAAGAUAGAAGGAAUGGGGAAACAAUAAAGCCUACGUCGAGGACGAAGAAGAAGAAGAAGAAGUUGAAGUACAACUUAAGCGUCGUCCGAAUUCGAGAAAGAAAGAACAGAUUUAUCGAAAGAAGAACAAAGGCAGAAGUAAGGGGGAGAGUCCUCAAAGGAAUCAAACAGCGAAAUCAGUAGCGAGGGAAAACUAAUAUUGGUCAAUCAGCUACUUUCUAUCAACCUGGACUUGAUAUACCGACAGAUUCCUCAAGCCUCCUAGCUAUCCGAAUUAAGAAAACAAAUAGAGUGGCAGAUCGUGGUAUAUACACCUCAACCCCAAUCUAUUCUUUCCAUGGCAGAUGAAGAGGUGAAGGAGGAUGGAGAAGAGGGCGAAGCAGGGGUGUCAACAGAGGUGAAGGAGGAUGGAGAAGAGGGCGAAGCAGGGGUGUCAACACAGGUGAAGGAGGAUGUUGUUAACCGGGCUCUAAAGGGUAAUGAAGCGUGAGGUGUACGUGGAGCGGUUCAUGGUUCAAGGACUCUAGGGGAUUUUCUGAAAGAAGCAAAAGAUGCAGAAGAGAAGGAAUGAGGGAAAGUAAUGAAAAAAAAUUAGCGACAUCUACUUCUGAAGCCAAUGAGUUCACAAAAAUAACAGAGUUUUCAAAAGAACAAAGACAGAAGGAAUGCGGAAACAAUACAGCCUACGUCGAGGAUGACGAAGAAGAAGAAUUUGAAGUACAACUUAGCGCCGUCCGAAACGAUUACAUCUCGAGAAAAAAAGAACGGAUUUAUCGGAAAAAGAACAAAGACAGAAAGAAGGGGAGAGUCCUCAAAGGAAUCAAAUAGCGAAAUCAGUAACGAGUAAAAACUAAUAUUGGUCAAUCAGCCACUUUCUAUCAACCUGGACUUGAUAUACCGUUAGAUUCCUCAAGCCCCCUGGCUAUCAGAAUUAAGAAACUGAAGAGAGUAGA